AUGACUACCUACCUCCUGUCCAAGAUAGGCGACCCCAUAUUUGCGCUUGGCAUGGGCGUCGCAGCGGCCUUCUCGCGCAUCCGCCGCGACCAGAUCGAGAAGAAUCCCGAGAAAGCCUCAGACAUCGGAUACGGGACCGUCGUGCAGCUGGGCCAGCGGCGAUUGCAGCGGUGGUGGAAUGGGGAUUUUAAAGAUCUGUGA